CCACAGUGGGGCUCCUGCAGUGCUCAAGAAGGAGACGAAGCAGUCGCCGGGAAGCGGGGAAAGAGGAGGAGAUGGCCACGGGAGAAAUCACAACGCUUCCCUCCACACCUGAAGACGGCGGCAGCGGCGGCUUUCCUCCCGGGAGCUUCAAGGAUCCCAAAAGGCUGUACUGUAAAAACGGGGGCUUCUUCUUGAGGAUAAAGUCUGAUGGGGGAGUGGAUGGAAUCCGGGAGAAGAACGACCCCCACAUAAAGCUUCAGCUCCAGGCGACCUCCGUGGGGGAGGUGGUCAUCAAAGGAAUUUGUGCUAACCGUUAUCUGGCCAUGAACAGAGACGGACGACUAUUUGGAGCGAGACGAGCAACAGACGAAUGCCACUUCUUAGAGCGGCUUGAGAGCAACAACUACAACACCUACCGCUCCAGGAAGUACCCGAACAUGUACGUGGCACUGAAGCGGACUGGCCAGUACAAGUCUGGAAGCAAAACUGGACCGGGUCAAAAGGCCAUUCUUUUUCUUCCAAUGUCUGCCAAGUGCUAAUCUGGGAUCAGGCUGAGAAGUCGUAACAUCUCGAUGGCAGCAACAAAGAAGAAGAUGUGACGGCAAUGAAUGAAGUUCCAUCAACAUUGCCCAAAAUAGCUGUGAUGCUUUCCGACUGUUAUAUCCUACGGACUUUUUUUCUCCUGAACGUGUCUGCUCUUACUCAGCUUCCCUUUCAAACAGUGGUACACAUUCACACGUGGCUGCUUCCCAGUAAAACCAGGCUUUUACUGUGGACCAGCCAGCAGCUACAUCAGUCUACCGGAGACAGGUGCCUUGCUCAAGUGCACCCCUCCAGUACGACUGCACAGCUUUGUUUGUUCAUUUUACCUUUCUGUCCUUCCCCCUGCCGCUCAGUCUGCGUUUAGCUACAAGAUGUAGGGUCUGUAGAAGACUAUUGAGAUCUCUCCAACAUAGCACGGCUUUCAGAAAAUGCGCUCACAUUAUUGUAACUUGAAGAGAAGCGAGGAGACGGGAUUGAGCUAAAUAACUGAAGUUUAGAUUUUCUGAUCUUGCGAAGCAAAAUGUUGUUUGACAGAAUCAAAACUAAGCGGACUACAAUGAAAACCCAAACACUACUUCAGUUUUCCUGAGUUUGUCUUGUUGAGACUUGUGCGAAGAAGUCCAAACAUUGCAUUGCACUGGAGCAAAUUCAACAUAAGUGUUGUGACUGAUGUUUAAUUCAAGAACAGAAAGGCAAGUUAACAAAAAGAUGACUUGUUUGACCAGUCAGUACACUAAUUAGCAAAGCAGCCCAUAUUAAUAUAUAAUAUUACAGCUACUAGCCACUAACGUUAGCUUCUGCCAGGAUGUGGUCAGUUAACGCUGGUGGUUAACUUUUUAACAAGCUGAAGACUCAAUGCUGGUCACAAAACGACCUGUUCCCAGUUAAAAAAUAGUUUAAAAACAGCUGCUUGCAGCCACGAUUGCCCAACAGCUGGACUUCCAACAUGGCCGUAUAAAACUCUGCAGUCUUACAGAUACCACAGUGGCAUAAUUACUUAAAAACCACCAAGUGAAUGUUGUAGUUCACAGUAUUGCACCACAUUUCUUCAACAGUAACAGUUAGUGUGUGAAACACACUGCAAACAUAAUUCCAGCCAUAAAUACACUUUAAAUAUGAGUAAUACUGACAACCGUGUGUCAACACAGAUAGCCGUGAUAUGCUAACCCCAUCAGGUUGACGAUGCUAGGAUUUUAGCGCCACAGGAAGCUGCCUGUGGUACAGCUGGUAGAACAUCCCAGAGUAGACGGCAGGAAGCUCCUCCAUGCCGAGGUCGAUCUCGCGGAAACCGCGCUCCAGGCCGUGAAGCAGAAGCCGGGCUACCCGAGAGGUGAUGGGCGUGGUGUCGUCGGUCCGGGCCAGCUCGGCGAGGUCCAGCCACUCGCAGCGCAGACACUCCUGAGUGCAGAAGUUGAUGUCGUAGGUGAGCGGGCUGAGGCGGCAGAUGAUGUACAUGUCCGACAUGCCGAAGGCGCCGGGGUGGUUGUGCUGCUGCCGGAUGCUGAGCAGCGAUCUGAACUCAGAGCGAACGCCGGUUUCCUCCAAGACUUCACGAACGGCAGUGGCACCUGAGAAAGAGUCAUGAUAAUAUAAAUAAAUAUAUGUGGAUGCGUUUUAAAGAUCCUGACAAAAAGGAACGUGUUUAUGUUCCCUUGUUAGAAUCAUAUUGCAGACUGAUGUUUAGAUGUGGGGGAAAAAGGGAAAAUACAUAUAUUUUUUGUAAAAACAGAUUUGACGCUGCUUUUUGGGGUGGGUCAUGUAUAUAAUAUUAAAGCUGCUUUUAAAAUGUUAAAGGUGAAUUUGGAGAAACAGAAAUCUUUGCAUAUAUAUCAUGUGCCUUAUUUUGUACAGUUCAAAUGAAUGUAUAUGUGUCAUCCUUAAGCAUAACACUAAAAUGGAAGGAUCUAGCUGGAUGUACUGUAUUUGUUUUUUUGCUCGGCUGAGCGUGACACUCACCAAUAUUUUCUCCCGGAUCAGACAAGCCACCGGGGAACUUCCAAGCAUUCUUUGUCUGAAACGCAAGAGCAAAGUUAAAAUUUAACAUCAGUUGUGAUAGAUGGCACUGCUGUAAAUGGAAAAAAAAGAGGCAAUUUUAGUCUUGAAUCAUAAAAUCUCAAUGUUUUUAGUAAGUCCUUUGAAUCAGUGGCACUAUCUUAAAAUAUGGAGUUUUUGUUUUUCUUUAAGAGAAUAAAAGUUAGUCGUGUUUCAUGAUUCAAAGGAUCAUUUAUGUAUCUGAACCAAUAAUCAUACAGGCAGAGAGAUGUUUAACGCUCUCAUCUGAGCAUCUUUUAUGUUUUAUAUUUAGUGCCUCACUCUGGAGACUUUUACAUUUGAUGUGGUGAAGUGUGUCUUCCAAAACUGUUUCACCACUUAUCCUUGAUAUUUAAUAACAGUAUGCUGCUGGUUAAAUUAUGAUGUCAGUGUUGUAUAUAUAUUUUUGUAGUUAAAGAAUUUUGUAUUCAGCGCUUUUUUUUUU